AUGUAUCCGUUUGUCCUUCUAAACUGCAUCCUCGCCAUCCUCACCCGCGCCCACGCGGCCCCAAGACCCGACACACUCGCAACACCAUGUCCCCAGUCCAACGCGAGCUCCUUGUCCUGGCCGGCAACGGCCUCCUCGGCUGCCACACCCGGCCCGGGUGCAGACGGGUUCUUUCAAUGCGUCACCAAUCCCAACUGUGAGCACUGCCGGAUCGAGACACCAACCACGUCCACCGCGCCGGCAUCCUCGUCGCCCAAGACUCCGACUUCCGCAGCAAAUGCCACCAGCGUCUCCGUCACCAACUACCGCACAAUGCCGCCCGGCACCUACACCGUCACGACCAACGGCACGGUGCUCGAUAUCGUCGUCACCCAGGAAACCGCCACUCCUACCUCCUCGCAGGCCCUGGUAACCACGACAGAGACGGUGGUAAUCACCGUCCGGCCCGUCUCUACCGCCACCACCAGCAAAACCAGCCCGACCGCCACCUCGGACCACGAUUGCGCCGGACGUUGUGACUGCUCCAGAGUCGAGGACAAGAACAGCAAGGAAUUCUUCGAGUGCCUCACCAGUCCGGACUGCGAGCACUGCCGGUCCGCGAAUGCAGUGGACCGGGCUACCGAGACGUCUGCUUCUGGCGUGGUUUCCACGACGCCUACUGCCUCUGGCGGCGCGACGACUUCAUUUCUUGGUGUUCCCACGGACGCGUGUCCCCAGUUCUGCGACUGCUCGAGCAUUGAGGAUAAAGAGAGUGAAGUGUAG